CAUUAACAAAAUGGAAGAAAACAAAAGUCAAAACAUCGUUCAAUUUCUGAGUGAUGGAUGUUUACGUGUCUACUGUCACGAAGAUGUUUUGAUAUACACAAAAAAUACAUCGGAGAAACAACAUCUCCCUCGGCCUCUGAUUUUCCUAAUGCCCGGCAUACCAUCAUAAUCAUAAAUGGCAUGGUUCGCGGACCUCGCCGGGAAGGCGGAGAGCCUCCUUAAUAACCUGGAUGAACAGACUGGCGCGGCUUUGCGUAAUCAUAACGUUACUAAGAAAAGAUUUGACGGUAGUGGAACAGAAUUUGGUGUCUCACACGCAACCGAGACUAUUUGGACGCCAAGGAAGAGGCCUGUGUCACGUACAAUAAAAAAAGCUGCGCCAAUCCCUGAUACUGCUAAGUCUGUCUACUCUCCUAGUCGGAAAUCUUCACCUACUUCCCACCACCACCACCAAUCCCGCGCGCCAGCGAAGGAAUAUCAGGACUCCUCACGAAAUGGUUCCGUAAAGUCUAAAAAGUCUCCAUCGAGGAAGGCCAGUCCACAUAAACAAUAUAAUCUGGAUCAUUGUCCCAAGACAUUAGUUGGCGAUGUCAAGGAUAAUGAAAUAUUUGAUCACUUCGGUUUGAAACAACGAAGCUUCAGUUUACCAGCAGACUUGGAAAUACUGAACGGGGAAGAAUGGACAUACAAGAUGCAGAACAUGGAAGUGGAGAAUGCGAUGCUGAAGAACGAGCUGAACGUAAUGAACCGUGAAGUAGCGGAACUACUGGAUAGGUUACGCAAGACGGAGGAUGGUAAUGAUGUAGAUAGCUCAGAAGUAACAAAAAGCCGAAUCAAACAGGAAACAACAGAGGUUUUGAACCACCGACUAAACUUGGAGAAGCAAUCCCUAUCAUCUCAAGUGGAACUCCUGUCAGUUAAGAUACAAGAACACACGAAUGCUGAAGUGUCCAAGUUUAAAGACUACAAUCAGAGACUGGAAUCAGAGAAUAUAGUUUUGAAAAACAAAAAUGCUGAGUUGGAAGAAAAGUUUAAAGCUUUACAAGAUGCCACAAAAGAAAGAGAUGCUCUGCAGACUAAAUUAGAAAAUGACUACAGACACGCACAAUCCACUAUCACUGAACUACAGGAGAGCUUGCAGAAAACCAGCGAGGAGUGCCGGAGGUUAGAGAAGGACUGGGAGGCGUAUAAAUUAAGAGUCAAGAAUAUGUUACAGGCUAAAGACAAGGAAAUUAAGAAAUUGCAGGAGGGCUUGAAUGUUAAUGACGACACUAAAGUGCUGAUGGAACAGAUGACUCAUUUGAAAGAGGAACGCGACGAGUUACAAGACGCGGUUGCACAUGUACGAUCGGAGUGUGCGGACAUGAAGCUGUACCUACAGCAAGUGGAGACGCGGAACAACGCGGCCGAGCGCGUGGUCACCGCGCUACGUGACGCGCUCAGAGACGAGCGUGCCGCCAGGAACAGAGCCGAGGGCCAGUGUGUCUCUGUAGCCAAGGAAAUGAAAACCUUACAAAUGGAGACGGGACAAACAAUAGCCAGUUUACGCACAGCCUUACGUGACAAAGAAAAUGAAUUAAACCAUAUACGUGACACGGCAUCCACGGUCCGCACCGCAGACACUAGUGCGUUAAACGUCGCAGAUUAUGACGUCAUGCAAGAUAACAUAGACAGUGAGAAAGUCAACUAUUUGACCCAAACACUCGUGCAGAGACAAGCGAAGAUCGACACCUUACUGGCCGAAAAUAAUGUGCUUAGAAUACAGUUGGAUAAAUUAGAAACAAAAUUGAAAAGCGAAGCAAGCCGCGGGAAUCGGAGCUCCAACUCGAACUCGAACUCGCACAGCGUUGUUCACGUACAAGAUGGCGAUUCCCGCCGAAAUCGGCCUCACGCCGCCAACACGCUGUCGGCCCUGGUACUGAGGCUCGGCGUCAUGGUCAAACGAUAUCCUGUCGUCAGGCUCUUCGUUAUUUGUUAUGUUAUCUUUCUGCACGUGUGGGUCCUCACUGUUCUGUUCACAAGCACGCCGGAAGACUACAUCCCACCAUCCAAAUCCUGAAAAUUUGCCCUCAAAGUGGUCACAAAUUAUAUCUGUACAAUAUAUUCCAUUAGAAUGUAUACCAAUAAAAAGACUAGUUAAGUUAUUCGACAUACAUUUCAGUAGAAAAGUUUGAGAAGCAAUAAAUGAUACAGCUUUAAAAAACAGCGUAUACUAAUUUAUGCGGAUGAUUAAUGUAAUAACGUUUUUGAAAACGUUUUUCAAACGAACGGUGAUCAGCAGUCAAAUAUUGAUUUGGCUGCUGUGUUAAAAUUAAUGGAUUAUAUGAUAUGUUGACAAAGUUAGGCGGAUAAUACAUUAGUUAAUUGAUUUCUUAUCAUACUUUUACUUAAAAUAAACAUAAGAUGUGCGCUGCGACUAGACACCGAAAUAUCAAACUUUUCUUUGAAAUAAAGACUCCUUUCUUGCACAAAUUUUCAGUCAGUAUUAUUUUAAUAUAAAACCUAUCGCAACAUGCUUUCUACAUAAUGUAUUGUCUGCCUCACAAGCUUGUGUUCUAGAAUGAUAUUCAAACAUUGACAGUUUGAAAAUUAUUCACAAUUUGAAUUUCGUUCUAGAAUACGCGCUUUGGAGCCCGUUCUCACAGGCGUUUUUUACGUCCAUGUAUGCAAAAGGUUCGUAUGUUCUAUUAAUUCCUUUUAUAAUUUUACCAACUGCCCUUUAACCCGACCGACAUAACGCUUUUCUCUUUAAAUAUAUUUGUUCUAUUUGAGCGUAUUUUUUACGUGCGUGAAAAUUACGCCCGUGCGAAUGGGCUCUAAGGAAACAAUUUUUAUGAAGUAAAAAUACGAGUAUUUUUGUAAUUGCCAGUCGUAACGUUCCAAAUGUAUUAUUUAGUCAUAAAAAUUGUAAUUAGUAUUGUAUUAGUCUAAUUUAUUUUCAUGAUUAGUAUCCUGAUUCGUGGUGCUAAGUGAAUGUGAAAACAUGUAAAAUUACUGUGUAUAAUAUUGUAAAUACAUCGAAUCUCGCCAGUGCUAUAAUGAAAUAAUAUAAUUGGCCAUAAUAAUGUACCUUUACUGUUGUUUUUUUUCUGUAAUUUCUACUGUUAUCUGAGGGCACGGCAGUGCCCCAGCCAUCUUAUUUUUUUGGUAGCUAUCAAAUUUAUUUUGUGAAUGUUUUAUUUUGCCGGCGGGAAUUUGUGCCGAAUAAAGUGUUUAUUCUGUGAAA